AUGCCCGGGGUCUUGAUCAUCACGUCGCUGCCCCGUUUCGUAUCCCAAGAGGAGCAUCGGGAGCUAACUUCCUCGACGCCCGCUUCCUUCUCCGAGAUACCUGCAGUGCUGUAUUAUCAGGAGCAAAAUGCAUCGAUCACUUUGGAUCCUCCAUUGGACGGCAUGACCGAACAAGACUGUGCCAAUGGCAUUGUUUACGUUCUCUCCAGCCACUUGAUUUUCUGGUCUGCCACUGGAAAGGGUUUGCAAGUCACCUAUCCAACGAUAUCGCUACAUGCUAUCUCAAGAGCAGAGCUUGGACCUUCAAUCUACUGCCAGCUAGAUGAAACAUUGGAUGGAGAAGACGAACCGACACCUGAUGAAGAGGACGCGAUGGAGAUGAGAGAGCUACGACUAAAUGUACAGUCAGAAGCCUCAUUGGAGCCACUGUUUGAGGCACUCUCCCAGUGCGCGGCGCUGCAUCCCGACGAGGAUAACGGUGAAGAAGACGAAUUCGACGAUGCAUUCCUUGAUGCAGACGAGAUGGGCGAUGGAGAUUUUGUGACAGAAGAGCAAGGCGAGCUCAGUGAAGCAGGGAGGGUGCGCACCAAUUUGCCCAACGCGCGCUAUAACCCGUACUAG